UGGUUAUAAAUUGACUAAUAUAAUUUUGUGGUUUUUGACUUGUUAGCAGAUUGAUCAUAACAAUGACAACAACAGGACGCAAACGUGUUCCAGCAGCACGAGGCCGAGGCCGAGGCCAAGGUCAAGGUCGGGGCCUUAUUGACGAGCAUGAGAGUCCGACUCUCAAUUCUGGGUUUGGUGAUACAGAUAUGCAAGUGUCGCCCUCGCCCCCCCUCCUCCUCGAGUCAGUGGAUGGGCAUCCUUCGCAUGAGUCUAAUAAUCCUAUUCACUCAGUGGCAGGAUUGGAUUCACAGGGAGCCGCCCCUACUGCAUCUUCUACCACGUCUGUCAGAAGUGUAAGGGGUAAGGCCAAGUGUAAGAAGUUGAGUGACCACGUACUUAAGCAUGGUCCCUUAGUGCUAAACAUCCCAAAUAGACACCGGGCACCUGUAGGCGAGAAUGCAUCAUGGUUUGCAAGCAAGAUUGGGGAGAUUAUUCGUAACAUGUGCGAACUCCAUCACGGUGAAUGGAAAAAGGUCCCAGCUGAAGAAAAGAGCAAGUUGUUGUUUCAUGUUCAGUCAAACUUCGCACUGAAUAUGGAACGAUACGAGCACAUCAAAGCUGUUGAACAUAAAUUGGGUCGUGCAUAUGCUAGGCUUCGUUCGAACUUGUAUAGGGAUCAUUACAAGAAAUAUUUUGACGGCAUUGAUAAAGACGAUGAUGAGGGGAUUGCCAAGAAAAAAGGAUAA